ACCGUAUCUGCUCCAAUGGCUUUACUGAUGGUGAUGGCCAUUUCAAUGCCAAACCAAUGUUUCCGUACGGUUGGUUGCAUCGUAAAGCGUAAUUGACGGUACGAUCUAUGAUUUCAACCACGGUGGUUCGCGUUCAACGACAGCAGGUAAAAGUAAAAGCUCUCCGAUUUAAACCACAACUUCGACAGCAAAAGGAUACUCUUUGAUUGAUGGCGGAGAGUGUUUCACUCUCUACGGCAGCUUUUACUUUGCUUUUCUCUUACAAAAGUUGCUUGUUCUUUGGCAUCAUUCUAGAAGGACCUGCAACUUCCUUCUCGCUCUCCACGUUCACUGUGGCUCUCUCAGCAUCCUUUCGCGUAUCCUGCUGAUGGACGUACGGAGCUAUAUAAUACCUAGCGUCUAGGUAGUUUAUCCUCAGUCUCGCGUUGUCCGCGAUCUUUAGCCGAUGUGUUCCGAUAAGGAAGAGUAAAUCACUAGUCCAGUGUAACGGUUCAUUGCAUUAAGGAUCAAACGAUUGUGCAUCGGUUGUUCUUGCCCCAUUGGUUUGGGGCAGUUCGUUGGGCAAAUAUCAACAUUUUUGCAUGGAAGUUUUAUUACUCUUUACCAUGUAUUAUUGUACAUCUGUGUUGAGUUUUGUUAAUUUUUUUAUUUGGUGACUGUUUUUUUGUGGAAUAAAAACGAACUAUGAAAGUAAACGUUUGCUUACUUUAAGACGUGCUUUUAUGACGUUGGGCAAUAAUCCUCGGUGGCUUAUGUAUUAUUACGUGGACGUGUGUGGUUUUUCCUGCCUUGUUAUGAACCAGGGUGAUUUAUAAGCAUAGAAACAUAUAAAUCAAAAUUGUUUAAGUGCAUAAAAAAGUGACUCAAAGUUCUAUUAGUAUUUAUAUAUCUAUUAUAGUAAAAAGUAUAUUUUUUAUAAUUUUAUUUGUUAUUUUUGUUUUGUUAUUUUUUAUAAGAAUUCUAAUUAUUCUACUGUAAGUUACACUAAAAGUGUCUACAAAAAGAGAAUAAAACUAUAAAAGAAAAAAAAUCUCAUCAAAUUAUCUAUUACAAGUUAUCAAGUAAACAUGAAGCAUACUUCUUACUUACUACCAAAGGAUAGUUGUUCGUGACUGUCCAGCAGUGUUUGGAUGAUAAAUUAAUAGCAGUUGAUGAAUUAUAUUGGUUGCCUGCGGGAUAUUUUUCGAUCUUACAAAGGCAACCCAUUUUAUGAAGUGUUUGCUGUUGCCUAACCGGUGUACCAGCAGGAAGGGCAAUAGAUCAAUUACUAAAGUUGCAACACAUCGGUCGUUUACGAUAGAUAAUUAAUCAAUCACAGUUAUUAUCUGUUGAAGUGUAAUUAAUGAGAAAGUGAAUCUACUAGGACGCAAAGUUUCACAAAAUUAAUAUACCGUGAUGUAAGUGUAACUUGAACUCAGAGGAAUAAUAUAUCGUAUUGCUUCGAUAUUUUAGUAUAAAACGUUAGGAUAUGUGCGUUUAAAGAUGUUUAAAUGUGUACGUAAAAUUCCUAUCCUUCAUAUGCCCUGCAUCAAUCAACAAAACGUACGAGAAAUUUAUAGUGCUUGUUAAAGUGCAUCUCGCCACUACCGACGCUAUCGAACCCGACCGCAAUAUUUAGCCUCGAGUGUACCUAAUCGGAUGCUAUCCCUUGCUAUGUAUACACGAAAAUCUCUUCGACAUAUGUGGCGCAACUGUUCGCAACGUAACGGAUUCACGAUCGCAACACCGCUGAAAAUACCGGUCAAUUGGAGCCGUGUGCUGCGCCUGCAAGGAACGGCACGCAUUAAUGCGGAGGAAGUAAUAAAGGCAGCAGAAGCCGGUAAUCUCGAGGAAUUUAUACGGCUCUAUGAGGGAGACAAUAACCGCCUGUCGGUAAAAGAUAGCAAGGGUCGGACGGCUGCCCACCAGGCAGCGGCACGAAACCGUGUUAACAUCCUUACCUUUAUACACGGCCAAGGAGGAAACUUGAAUGCACAAGACAUGGUUGGAAACACACCGCUUCAUACGGCAGUCGAGAAUGAUUCGCUGGAUGCGUUGGAAUUUCUACUGAAAAUUCCAGUAGCGACAAACAUUCUCAACGAAAAGAAGCUAGCACCAGUGCAUUUGGCAACCGAACAGAACAAAGUAAAUGCGCUGCAGGUUAUGGGCAAAUAUCGUGAAGUGAUCGACAUACAGCAGGGUGGAGAACACGGUAGAACAGCACUGCACUUGGCCGCUAUCUACGAUAACGAAGAGUGUGCGAGAAUAUUGAUUUCAGAGUUUGGAGCUUGUCCAAGGAAACCGUGCAACAACGGAUACUAUCCGAUACACGAGGCAGCUAAAAACGCCAGCUCCAAAACAAUGGAAGUCUUCUUCCAGUGGGGUGAAUCGAAGGGCUGCACAAGGGAGGAGAUGAUUUCGUUCUACGACUCGGAAGGCAAUGUGCCACUGCACUCGGCCGUCCAUGGUGGUGAUAUCAAGGCGGUAGAGCUGUGUCUUAAAUCGGGAGCAAAAAUUUCCACCCAACAGCAUGACCUUUCAACGCCGGUACAUCUGGCGGCAGCACAGGGCGCCAUCGAGAUAGUGAAGCUUAUGUUUCGCAUGCAACCGGUCGAGAAGCGCAUCAGCUUGAACUGUACCGACAUUCAGAAGAUGACACCGUUACACUGUGCCGCCAUGUUUGACCAUCCGGAGAUUGUCGAGUAUUUGGUGAAGGAGGGUGCCGACAUUAAUGCGAUGGACAAGGAGAAACGGUCGCCACUGUUGCUGUCUUCGUCGCGUGCUGGUUGGCGCACGGUAAUGACCUUGAUCAGGCUCGGUGCAAACAUUAGCCUAAAAGAUGUGAAUUCCCGUAACGUGCUGCAUCUGGUCAUCAUGAACGGUGGGUGUUUGGAUGAGUUCGCAAAGGAGGUAUGCCACACACAGUCCGAAAUCUAUCUGCUUCAGCUGCUGAACGAAAAGGAUGAUGCGGGCUGUUCGCCGCUACAUUACGCUAGCCGUGAAGGUCACAUUCGCUCGUUGGAGAAUCUGAUACGGCUUGGAGCGUGUAUUAAUCUGAAGAAUAACAAUAACGAAAGUCCACUCCACUUUGCGGCACGAUACGGACGGUACAAUACAGUGCGGCAGCUACUUGACUCCGAGAAGGGAACGUUUAUUAUAAACGAAAGUGAUGGUGAAGGGUUGACGCCAUUGCAUAUUGCUUCGCAGCAGGGCCACACACGGGUCGUGCAGAUGUUGUUGAACCGGGGCGCUUUACUGCACCGGGACCAUAACGGACGCAAUCCGCUACAUCUGGCCGCAAUGUCCGGUUACACGCAAACGAUCGAGCUACUGCAUUCUGUCCAUUCGCAUCUGCUGGAUCAGGUUGACAAAGAUGGGAAUACGGCAUUACAUUUAGCCACGAUGGAGAACAAACCCAAUGCGGUGGUACUGCUGCUCAGUCUCGGCUGUAAACUGCUUCACAAUUACAUGGACAUGAGCGCAAUCGACUAUGCGAUUUAUUACAAGUAUCCGGAGGCGGCCCUUGCCAUGGCCACUCACGAGGAACGUUCCGGCGAGGUGAUGGCACUGAAAUCGGACAAACAUCCGUGCGUAACGCUGGCCCUGAUCGCUUCGAUGCCGCGUGUCUUCGAAGCCGUACAGGACAAUUGCAUCACCAAGGCAAACUGCAAGAAGGACUCGAAGAGUUUCUACAUUCGAUACUCGUUUACCUGUCUGCAGUGUCCGGCACUGUACGCACAGAUGGAUGCACGUACCGGUGAAGCCGUCCAGAUAUCGAAACCGAUACCGCUUCCGGCACUGAACGCGAUGGUAGCACACGGACGGGUGGAACUGUUAGCGCAUCCCCUCAGCCAAAAGUACUUGCAAAUGAAGUGGAACUCUUACGGCAAAUACUUUCACCUGGCCAAUCUGCUGUUCUACAGUGUGUUUCUAUUUUUCGUAACACUAUUUACGUCGCAGUUGAUGCGCAACGCUACUCCCAUCGUAAAUCCAACUGGAAAUCACACGCAAGGAGGUGAUACGCCGGACGGUGGAGCUUACGGUGGACAGCAACACAUACUAGCGUUGCGCUCAACAUUAGCCCGCACGAAAGGAUACAAUUAUGGUACCAUGGCAAACGUGACGACCUCAGUCGCACCGCCACAGAUUGAGGAACAGAUGGAUGUGUCCACCACGACGCUUGUGUCCGGCAUUGGCAUUAUUAUCUACAUCGUCGUGAAUGCUAUGCGCGAACUGUUGCAGGUUUAUCAGCAAAAGUGGCAUUAUCUGCUCGAACCGAACAACUUCAUCUCGUGGAUACUCUACACGUCCGCACUGAUUAUGAUAUGGCCCAUGUUUUCCAGUGGCAUGUGCGUCAGCAUCAACUAUUCGGCGGCUUCGAUAACUGUGUUUCUGUCGUGGUUUAAUUUGCUGCUGUUUCUGCAACGGUUUGAUCAGAUUGGUAUAUACGUGGUGAUGUUUUUGGAAAUCUUGCAAACCCUCAUUAAAGUGUUGAUCGUAUUCAGCAUUCUGAUAAUCGCUUUUGGGUUGGCAUUCUACAUUCUUCUCUCAAAGGUCUCUGAACCCCAAGUGAAUCAUCUGUCGUUCUCGUCGAUUCCCAUGUCACUGCUGCGCACAUUCUCCAUGAUGCUGGGAGAGAUGGAUUUCGUUGGCACGUACGUUCAACCGUACCAUGUUGGAGAUCUUCCAUUUCCGUUCCCUUCGUUCGUCAUUCUGUGUUUAUUCAUGAUCCUGAUGCCCAUUCUACUGAUGAAUUUGCUGAUCGGUUUGGCCGUCGGUGACAUUGAAUCGGUGCGGCGCAACGCGCAACUCAAGCGACUUGCCAUGCAGGUGGUGUUGCACACGGAGCUGGAACGCAAACUGCCCCAAAUGUGGCUCGAGAUGGUUGACAAAAUGGAGCUGAUCGAGUAUCCGAACGAAAAGAAGUGCAAACUGGGAUUCCUCGACUCCGUCCUGCGUAAGUGGUUCUGCAAUCCUUUUACCGAUGAUUACAAAGGUGGUAUCGAUUAUGUGCUAGAAAACACGGAAGACUACGUUGCGGUUGAGCUGGAGAAACAGAAGCGAAAGUUGCGCGACAUUGGGAUGGCACUGGACACACAACAUCAGCUACUACGGUUGAUCGUACAGAAAAUGGAGAUCAAAACUGAAGCAGAUGAUGUCGAUGAGGGUGUCCCUACCAGCGAUCUUAAAGUCUCGAGCGGUUUGCUGACAAGUAAUCGAUCGUCACGCUGGUCAUCACCGAGGAUACGCAAGAAACUCGGUGCCACCUUAAGCUUCAACAAAUCGAUCGGCAAAUGAGUGCAAUGGUAGCGAAGUUCACUGUACUGAUUCGGUUUCCCUGCAUUUAAAUGAUCGACGGUUUCAAUAAUUAAGCACUCUUUUAACCAUAGAAAGCAGAGCUUGUACGUGUGCGUGUGUGUGUGUGUGUGAUCAUUAUGUAUACAUUUGUGUGCGUCUGUAAGUUAGUACUAAAAUGUCUCCAACGUUACUGAUGGUAAACCACACCACCGGUAUACUUUCUAAUAUUUAAAGCAAAAAACUGUAUUUUGGCUACAAUUUAGUAACACAAACAUUUGUAAGUGGUUUUGCUACUUGAUCUUUUGCACAUGAUACUUUGAUGUUGUUUCUAGCGAUAUGAUAAAUGUGUUGAAAAUUUAAUAAAAAUCAUAAACAUACUCUUACACACCCCA